AUUGGCUAAAACGUGAGGUUUUCUACCGAGAUUGUCGGUUUAACAAGAAGGUGCUCGAGUAAAUAAAUCCAAAUAGUAGGGAACGAUCAGUAAAUCUGGAAAGUUUUUCUGUUUUUUCAACGGACAAAUAAAUGGAAUACAAUAACCCGACCCAAAUACCCCAGCCGCCCUCUUUUCCCCAGCCCUGAUUUACGCUUCCAGGUUUAUUGUUUUCCCCUUCUAUUUUAAAAGAGGCCAAUCAAAUUUCCCUUUUUAUAAGGUUUAGGGUUUUGGAUGGGUACGGAGAGGAAAAGGAAGGUGAGCUUGUUCGAUGUGGUGGAUGAGACAUCGGCUAAGGCCGCAAAAUCGAACGGCGGAGGAUUAGGGGCGAUGAACUUCAACAGCUCGAUCAACAAGUGGAAUGGAAGGCCUUAUUCCCAAAGGUAUUACGAGAUUUUGGAAAAGAGGAAAACUCUCCCUGUUUGGCAACAGAAAGAGGAGUUUUUGCAAGUCUUGAAGGCCAAUCAAACCCUUAUCUUAGUCGGCGAAACCGGUAGCGGUAAAACCACCCAGAUACCUCAGUUUGUAUUGGACGCUGUUGAUAUAGAAACUCCGGAUAAACGUAGGAAAACUAUGAUUGCCUGUACCCAGCCGCGAAGAGUGGCUGCAAUGUCUGUUUCGCGGCGCGUUGCUGAAGAAAUGGAUGUAACUAUUGGAGAGGAGGUUGGUUAUAGUGUUCGUUUCGAAUAUUGCAGUAGUGCAAGAACUGUUUUAAAGUAUCUAACAGAUGGUAUGCUUUUAAGUGAAGCAAUGACUGAUCCUCUUUUAGAAAGGUAUAAAGUAAUUAUUCUUGAUGAGGCCCAUGAAAGAACUUUGGCGACUGAUGUGCUAUUUGGGCUUCUGACAGAAGUGUUAAAGAAUCGAUCUGACCUGAAGCUUGUUGUUAUGAGUGCAACACUGGAGGCUGAAAAGUUUCAGGGUUAUUUUAAUGGUGCACCACUUAUGAAGGUUCCUGGUAGGCUUCACCCUGUGGAGAUAUUCUACACUCAGGAACCUGAAAGGGAUUACUUGGAGGCCGCAAUUCGGACUGUUGUCCAGAUACACAUGUGUGAGCCUCGUGGUGACAUACUUGUUUUCCUGACUGGAGAGGAGGAGAUAGAAGAUGCCUGUCGCAAAAUAACAAAAGAAAUUGGAAACAUGGGGGAUCAAGUAGGACCUGUUAAAGUAGUGCCUUUAUAUUCAACUCUUCCACCAGCAAUGCAACAGAAGAUUUUUGAACCUGCUCCGCCUCCUUCGAAGGAGGAUGGCCCUCCUGGAAGGAAGAUUGUGGUGUCAACAAACAUUGCUGAAACUUCCUUGACCAUUGAUGGCAUUGUUUAUGUUAUUGACCCAGGGUUUUCCAAGCAAAAAGUUUAUAACCCACGAGUGCGUGUUGAGUCCUUACUGGUAUCUCCCAUAUCAAAGGCAAGUGCACACCAAAGAUCUGGGCGUGCUGGAAGAACUCAACCUGGCAAAUGUUUCAGGCUCUACACUGAAAAGAGUUUUAAUAAUGAUCUGCAACCGCAGACCUAUCCUGAAAUAUUACGAUCAAACCUUGCAAGUACAGUUCUCACCUUGAAGAAACUGGGAAUUGAUGAUCUGGUGCAUUUUGAUUUUAUGGACCCGCCUGCUCCAGAGACAUUGAUGCGGGCAUUGGAAGUGUUGAAUUACUUGGGAGCAUUGGAUGAUGAGGGGAACUUAACAAAGUCGGGACAGAUCAUGAGUGAAUUCCCCUUGGAUCCUCAAAUGUCAAAGAUGCUCGUAGUUAGUUCUGAGUUCAACUGUUCAAAUGAGAUUCUUUCAAUUGCUGCCAUGCUUUCAGUACCCAAUUGCUUUGUACGGCCUAGGGAGGCGCAAAAAGCUGCAGAUGAAGCAAAAGCUAGGUUUGGGCAUAUUGAUGGUGAUCAUCUCACGCUUUUGAAUGUGUACCAUGCUUACAAACAAAACAAUGAGGAUGCAACUUGGUGCUAUGAGAAUUUUAUCAACCAUAGAGCGCUGAAGGCUGCCGAUAAUGUUAGACAACAGCUGGUGCGCAUCAUGUCGAGGUUUAACCUGAAGCUGUGCAGCACUGAUUUCAACGGCCGUGACUACUAUGUCAACAUUAGAAAGGCCAUGCUUGCUGGUUAUUUCAUGCAGGUAGCUCAUCUGGAGCGCACAGGACACUACUUGACAGUUAAAGACAAUCAGGUGGUGCACUUGCAUCCAUCAAAUUGCCUGGAUCACAAACCAGAGUGGGUCAUCUACAAUGAGUAUGUCCUGACAAGCCGGAAUUUCAUUCGUACUGUGACAGAUAUUCGUGGUGAAUGGUUAGUUGAUAUAGCACCGCAUUAUUACGAUCUUGAAAAUUUCCCACAGUGCGAGGCAAAGUGUGUCCUUGAAAAACUUUACAAGAAAAGGGAGAAGGAUCGGGAGGAGAGUAGGAACAGAAGAUGAAGCAACUCCCAUGCUAGUUGUUUGGACUCCAAUUUUUCCACCGUGCUAUUUGCGUGCGAUUCCAUUUGUUAGUUGAUAAAUUGGAAGAUAGAGAAAUUUCUUGUACCACCGUAAGAGUAGGAAGUUCGUUCCUAUCAUCUGUAUUAUACUAUUAGUCCAAAUUUGUUUUUACUUGCUAUCUAUCAUUUAGUUGUCGAACAAUUGAAAUGAUCAAAAAAGGAAAAAAGAAACGAGCAUGAUUUUGGGACCUAUUACAUGU